UAACAGUGUAUGUCUAUAUUGGACCCAGCUGUAUAAUAUUCAUGUGGUUUUAGCGAUAAACCUACAGUUAUGUACCUCUUAAAGUGAUCAACCGUCAAAAGGAUGUUGUUUUUCUAUUUAUAAGCUGCCGUCACGUACUCAGGACUUUUGUGGUACUUCUCUUCGUUGAAUGAUACAAAAAGGAAUAGCGUGAUAAUUUAUUCAGAAAAUGAGACCAGGGAAGUGUUGUAUGUAUCUUCAAUGAGCUACAGGUAUGAGGACAUCCCAUCUUUUGCUAGGCCUGUUCCAAAUGAUGUUGAUACCUGGUGUAAAUUGUGGAUGUCCCAACCCGAAGAUAAAGAAUGGUUAUGUAAGAAGGAAGCCGGGAAACAAAAUAGCGUUUUUCUGUAUCAGCGGCUUCAGCCGAUAUGGAUCAAGGACUUCAGAAUGUGAGGGUAGUAAAUGGAAAAGCCCGCCUCCACUUUGCGUCGCGCCCGGAUGUCCAAAAGUGCCAAGCAACCCGAGAAGAGAUAUGGAUUUUGUCCAUAACGAGGCUGUCGUGAUGUUUAAUUGUUUGGAUACAUUUGUCCUUGUCGGCAAGGCGACGGCUUAUUGUGAUGGCGAGAAGUGGAGUUCUCCAGCCCCAGAUUGCCACAAUCCAGAAAAUAUUGAAAGUUGUGAUUUCGAAGACGGGGAAUUUUGUGGGUGGGAACAAGACAAGGUGGACGAUUUUGAUUGGUCAAGACAAAGCGGCAAGACCACCACCGGAAGAACAGGACCGGAUUCCGAUCACACUCUCGGACCAACGCGACUUGAUGGCCAUUACAUCUACAUGGAGAGCUCCGCCCCUCGGAUUCCUGGACAUGUCGCGCGCCUCCUCUCGCCCGUGUAUCAACAAUCCAAGAGUGGUAGAUGUUUCCGGUUCUGGUACCACAUGAAAGGUCCCGAGGGAUUAAAUUUGGUUGGCUCCUUGACGAUAAGUCUGCGCGUGUACAAUGGUUCCCUAGCCAUUAAGGAUGAUGUUCUGUUCACUGUCAAGGAAAACCAGGGUCCGGACUGGAGAGAAGGACAGGUGUUCAUCUACAAGACGGAUAAACCUUUUAGGAUUGUGUUGACGGCGACAAGACAGGAAAGCUACAUAAGCGACAUAGCUGUGGAUGACAUUAGCCUUUACGACUGUCAAGGUGUGAUAACAACCACGGAACCAUCUUCGACGGAAGUGACGUCACAAACAGAGGAAAUGGGAACAACAGAAAUGACCACAGUAAGUGAGACAACACAACUAUCUACAACUGAGGAAACAACAGCACCGACCGGACAUGACGUGACCAGUACAUAUCCCAAGUCAACGUCAUCACUACCUGUUUCGACGACAUUAACCAAACUACAUGUAAUGACGUCAUCAAGUAAAACACCUACCUUAUCAAAUAUGGCAUCUGUUAUCAAUACCGGAGGAAGUGACGUCAUUGACUUGUCAACUCCUAUUUCGUCAUCAUUUUCAGGGUAUAUCAGUGAAAAUACGGAUUCUAUUCGCAGUAAGCCAACUUCUGAUUCCUCCGACCUUAACAAAAGUCUUACUAUCACUACCGACGGAGAAGACAGCACGGAGGAAGUGACGACUUCAUCAUUUGAUAAUAUAUCGGAUACUGUGCACGCUUACAGGUAUACACCAAAACCUGGCGUCAAACAAUAUGUCCUUCAGAACAAGGGCGUUGUACAUUCAGUAUCGUUUGUUGUGUCCCUCACAUUAGGAAUAGCUGUUAUCGUCAUCGGUGCGUUAGUCAUCGCUUUUAUCGUCCGUAGAAUUAAAAAGCGAACAAAGCAUUACACAGACGAUGAUUUUGAAACCAUGCAUACAGCAACAUACAGAAAACAAUCAACAGAUGGUCUCAUAUUAUAAAUCAUGAUAUUCUACACCAUUAUCCUCUAGUUCAUAAAGUAUAUUGAAGAAUCAUCUUUAUGGAUUGAGAUCAUUGUGGGCUCGAUUCGCAAUCAUUCAUCGACUCCCCAAUACACUAUUAUGUAAGUUACCUAAAUCUCGUGAAUCGGACUUUUAAGCCAGUGCGGUUAACAAAACAUGAACGACGAUUCCUGUUUUAUCAAAAGCAUUGAUCAAAUUGCGUUCAUGGCUCCAUGGACGCAAUUUUUUCUGUCAAUCCUUAAAGAGUAACUUGCAGUGGAAAUGUAAACAUACCUAUGUGGUGCAGUAAAAUAUUAUUUUUGUUUUUAGCUUUCUGCAUCAACAAAAUAAUUUUUGAAUAGGUUCUUCUUAACGUCGUGUUUUCUUUUCGAUGGAUUAUUUGAUAUGUAUGUCUUUAUACAUGCAAGAUAUCAUAUACAGUAAAACCUCGAUAUAAUGCCCCUCAUUUUAUUUGCAAUCUCGCUUACCGCCAAAAAGUUUCAAGAUCCUUUUUUCAUCUUCCUUAUUUUUUAAAAUUGUAUUUGAUAUUUCCCUCAAUAUAUCGCCAAACCUCUUUAUAAUGCCAACAUUUCUCUGGACAUAUGGUGGCAUUAUAACGAGAUGUUACUGUAUCACGAGAGGCUUAUGCUAUAUAUAUAUAUAUAUGUACAUGUAUGUCUCAUGAAAGAUAUGAAAUAUCCUUCCAAACGUGUGGUAUUGUAUACUUUUUGAUAAGAUAUCUUAUCAAUAAUGUAUGUUUGUAUGUAUAACACAUCUAAUGAAGAAAAUGAUAUUUUUCAUAAAUAUUUAUAGCUUCAUAUGCAAAAAUAUGUUGUAUGCUAUUUUGUUUUUAAAUAUACAUAUGAUGGAUAACAUAACUUAUAUAUCAUCAUGAUAUUGUAUUUCUCCAUAGCGGGGAUAAGAAGCAUAUUAUACGACAACUUUUGUAAAUUUAUUUUGUAGUUGAUGUAUGUACCGGGAAUUUUUCACUGCAGUUCACAACAGCUUCAUUGUGACACAGCACUGACUGUAGCGGCUUUCUAAAGCCAUCCAUUUUGCAUUCAUAGACAAUAUAAAUGCCAACUGGAUAAAGGCAGAUUCAAUAAAGCCCGCUAGCGCAUCGUGUUGAAUUUAGUUCAAUACUUGUUUUUCCCGUUUUUGCAAGAUUUUAAUCUCAUAAAAAACCCCGAAAUUAAGCAGUAAACUCAAAAAAUAUGCGUAUCCAGUGGCGAAUCCAGAUACCUAUCUGGGGGGGAGUUCCAUGUGGGGGGAAAUUGAGGAAAAUGGUGAAAAUACUUGAUUUUUAAAGAAAAUUCUCAGAGUGGGGGGGUUUCCUGAAGCCCAAAACCCCCUCUGGAUCCGCCACUGGUAUUGUAUGUGUUUUCAAUUAAUAGAACACCCAUUAGUCCAGCAAGGAUAAUCAUUGUGACGUCUCAAUAAUGAUGACGUCAAAACCCGGGUCAUGGUAUUCCCAGCUAUAUAUUGACAUUUGCUCUGAAUCUCCUUCCAUUGCAAUGUAUUGAAAAGGCAAAUGUUUAUGUGAGACUAUAACACAACAUUUGCUAUUGUAAGUAAGGACGUCCUGGAUUAAUGCAAUGUGAGAGGAUGGUCUUCUUUUUAUUCACUGUGCCAGAUGUUAUGUAUUGUGUGACUGUUCACCGGUGGACUGUUUGUAAACUGUGCUGUGUUUGUAUGUUUUCACUGUGUAUAUAUGCACUGUACUGAUGAACCGAAGUGUUUAAAGUACAUGUAAUAAAGAACUGAAAUAAACUA